ACGCACCCCAAACCUCUUCAUGGUUGGUAGUUACCUUAAUCACAUCGCCACAUAUUUCAGCUAAAGCUUCAGACCACACACACACACACACACACACAGAGGCGUGGGCAGUUGGGGAGAGAGAGAGAGAGAGAGAGAGAGUGGGUUCAAACAGUUACAGGAGUGGAGAACCUAUCUGCUACAAUGGCGGUGGCGUCUACAUCUCUCGCGUCCCAACUCUCUGGCCCCAAAUCCGCUACGUCGCAGUAUUAUCCUCGUUUCUAUGGGCUCCGUCGAUCUUCCUCCAACCUCGAUAACUCUCUUCUCUCUCUCUCUUCCCCCACUCUCUCUCCCUUCCAACAAUUCAAUUCCCAUCUCCGCCUCUCCUCUUCUUCCAAAAAAGCCUGCAGGAUCGUCGCCAUGGCCGGUUCCGGAAAGUUCUUUGUUGGUGGCAACUGGAAGUGUAAUGGCACAAAAGAAUCUAUCAGUAAGCUUGUCUCAGACCUGAAUAGUGUGAAAUUGGAGCCGGAUGUUGAUGUUGUCGUUGCGCCUCCCUUUAUUUACAUCAAUCAGGUAAAGAACUCGCUGACAGAUCGGAUUGAGAUAUCUGCUCAAAAUUCUUGGAUUGGAAAAGGUGGGGCUUUCACUGGAGAAAUCAGUGUGGAACAACUGAAAGAUAUUGGCUGCAAAUGGGUUAUUCUUGGGCAUUCUGAGCGGAGACACGUUAUUGGUGAAGAUGAUCAGUUUAUAGGAAAGAAGGCUGCUUAUACCUUGAGCCAGGGUCUCGGAGUGAUAGCCUGCAUUGGAGAACUGUUAAGGGAGAGAGAAGAAGGAAAAACAUUUGACGUUUGUUUCCAGCAAAUGAAGGCUUUCGCAGAUGCUGUGCCCAGUUGGGAUAAUGUAGUAAUAGCAUAUGAGCCUGUAUGGGCAAUUGGAACUGGUAAAGUGGCGACCCCACAGCAAGCUCAGGAAGUACAUGUGGCUGUUCGUGAUUGGCUUAAAAAGAAUGUUUCAGCAGAAGUUGCUUCUAAGACUCGUAUUAUCUACGGAGGAUCUGUGAAUGGUGGCAACUGUGCUGAGCUUGCAAAAGAAGAAGAUAUUGAUGGAUUCCUUGUUGGUGGUGCUUCCUUAAAGGGUCCUGAGUUUGCAACCAUUGUCAAUGCUGUAACUUCCAAGAAGGUUGCUGCUUGAUCACUCAUGGUGUUUUCGGCAGCUCGGCAAGUAAAUGGCUUAGGUGGAUGAGAGCAUCACGCGAUACACUUAUGAGCUAGUUCAGUUAGGUGGGAUUUUGAUCAUUUCACAUUUUUGCCCUGCAUAAAGAUUGGAAAAAUAAGAAACUUCAGUAUCAUUUGAUUGCUUCAUACUGUUUGAACUACAAGGGUUUAGUUGUAGAGAAUAAUGUCAACUGGUUGGCAUAUAUGAUCAAGUUUGAUACUUGGCUGAUUCCCCAUGAGAAUAAGAAAAUUAGGCACCGCAUGUUUUUAGCAUC